UACUUCCGGUCUCAUCAUUUUUCCAUCAGUCUCUCAUCGAUCAGUCCGUCUGAGACCCGGCAGCUGAAUUAGAGCCGGUUCAGACCAGUGUCCAGCUGCUCUAAUAAGACUCGCAUGGAAUCCGCUUAAUGGUGCACUUGGGGAAAACUGUGCAUUUUGAAGCCCAGAGAAUGCCGGAAUCUGGAAGCCAGUAGACUGUUCCUGCCAUGAUUCCUCAUGUAGGACGAGACGAUUUGGAAGAACAUGGGCAAAUGAAUCGCAGAUAAAGACUCAACCAUGACCAUCACCUGUGGUCCACAGGACGCAAGAUAGCUGCAUCACACCUCUUUGUCUCCUUUAGAAACAUCAGCCUGAGGGAAACCUCAGUCCCAGGAAUCACAUUGCUUUGAAAUCUCAAUUGGAAGCCUUUCAAAGAAAACUUAAAUUGGCAACCAAGCUGGGGAUAAAAACAGCAAUUCCCAUCUAUCCUUAAUCACCCCCUGCCUGCACCGACCAAUGGAGAGACUACAGAUAGAGUCUGGAUAAAGUGGAGUCAGGCCAAGAAAGAGCGAGAAAACGAGUGAACAACGGACCGUCUAGCAGAAGGUACCUGUGCUGAUCCGGCAGCUCUGGGAAUUCAGCCCCUCUUCUCUGCAAUCGUUCCCAUCUCUCAGGCAAAGUCAAAGAGAAACUCUGCACUCUGAGACUGCUCUCUCAGCCUCUGCCGAGAACAGGUUUUUGAGCUUGUAUCAUCAGGGUGGGUGAAAUGAAGUCACGGUGUUGGUCCCCUCUCUGGCCCCUGUGGCCGAUGCUGUUAGGCAGACUCUUUCUGUCAGCCGGGGCCCUGGAGUUCGGCGGGGCCCCGGGGCAGUGGGCACGUUACGCCCGCUGGGAGGCCGGCUCGAUCGGGGAGCUCAGCUUUAGCCUGAAGACCAACAUGAGCAAGGCGCUGGUUCUGUACCUGGACGACGGCGGGAACUGUGACUUUCUGGAGCUGCUCAUCGGCGGCGGACACCUGCAGCUGCGCUUCGCCAUCCACUGCGCCGAGCCAGCCGCCCUCCAGAUGGAGACCCGUGUCAGCGACGACCGCUGGCACAUGGUUCUGCUCACCCGAAACUACCGCGAGACCAUGCUGAUGGUGGACGGGGAAACCAAAGUGGCGGAGGUGCGUUCCAAGCGCAAGGAGAUGGCGGUCGUCAGCGACCUGUUCGUGGGGGGCAUCCCGCCUGACGUCCGUCUGUCCGCGCUCACGUCCAGCACGGUCAAAUACGAGCCUCCGUUCAUGGGCUUGAUCUCUAAUCUGAAGGUGGGAGAGAUGCCUCCCACUCUACUCAACAGCAACGGCAUUCAUAACGAUCUGGAGUAUCUGUGCAUCAAGCAGAACCCCUGCCUCAACGGGGGAUACUGCAGCAUCCAGUUCGGCGAGGUCUACUGUGACUGCUCUCACACACGCUUCCGAGGGAAAUACUGCAAAGAAGAAGAGCAUCCGGUGGAAGGUCUGGCGCACCUGACGUUAAACAGCCAAGGAGACUCGUCUCUAGUCGGGAAAGAAGAAUCGGUGGCCACCUUCAAGGGAACCGAGUUCUUCUGCUACGAUCUGUCCAUGACUCCCAUCCAGAGCAGCACGGAUGAGAUCACGCUGUCCUUCCGAACGCUCCAGCGCAACGGUCUGAUGCUUCACACCGGGAAAUCUGCAGACUACGUCAACCUGUCGCUGAAGAGCGGCGCCGUCUGGCUCGUCAUCAACCUGGGCUCCGGCGCCUUCGAGGCGCUCGUGGAACCGGUGAACGGGAAGUUUAACGACAACGCUUGGCACGAUGUUAAAGUCACGCGAAACCUGCGACAGCACUCAGGCAUUGGACACGCUAUGGUCACCAUCUCAGUGGACGGUAUUCUGACCACCACCGGAUACACACAGGAGGACUACACCAUGCUGGGCUCCGAUGACUUCUUCUACAUCGGAGGAAGCCCGAACACGGCCGAUCUGCCCGGAUCUCCCGUCAGCAACAACUUCAUGGGCUGCCUGAAAGACGUGGUGUACAAGAACAACGACUUCAAGCUGGAGCUGUCGCGUCUGGCCAUCGAGAGGGACCCUAAGAUCAGUGUGCACGGGGACCUGGUGUUCCGCUGCGAGGAUGUGGCGGCCCUGGACCCCGUGACCUUCGAGACGGCCGAGUCCUACAUCGCCCUGCCGCGCUGGGACACCAAGAAGACCAGCUCCAUCUCCUUCGACUUCCGCACCACGGAGCCCAGCGGCCUGCUGCUGUUCAGCCACGGCAAGCCUCAGAGCAGCAAAGAGCAGCGGCCCGGCCGCGAGAUGAAGACCGACUACUUCGCCAUGGAGCUGCUUGAUGGCUUUUUCUACCUGCUGAUGGACAUGGGCUCCGGCAGCAUCAAGCUCAAGACCAGCAACAAGAAGGUGAACGACGGAGAGUGGUGCCACGUGGACUUCCAGAGAGAGGGACGGAGAGGCUCCAUCUCCGUCAACAGCCGCUCCAUUCCCUUCAGCUCUAACGAGGGCAGUGAGAUCCUGGACCUGGACAGUGACAUGUAUCUGGGUGGUUUGCCGGAGAGCGGUCAGGGCCUGAUCCUGCCGCCCGAGGUGUGGACCGCGCUGCUCAACUACGGCUACGUGGGCUGCGUCCGCGACCUCUUCAUCGAUGGCAAGAGUCGAGACGUGCGGCGUCUGGCGGAGAUCCAGAGUGCGCCGGGCGUCAGCAGCUUCUGCACGCGUGAGCUCCAGAAGAGGUGCAGCAGCGCCCCCUGCGCCAACGGAGGACAGUGCAAGGAGGGCUGGAACCGCUACAUCUGCGACUGCACCGGCAUCGGAUUCCUGGGAGACAACUGUGAGAUCGAGGCGACGGUGCUGAGCUAUGACGGCAGCAUGUAUCUGAAGAUCAUCAUGCCCAGCACGCUGCACACGGAGGCGGAGGAUGUGACGCUGCGCUUCAUGUCCCAGCGGGCGUAUGGGCUGCUCAUGGCCACCACCUCCAAAGAGUCAGCUGACACGCUGCGGCUGGAGCUGGACGCAGGACGGGUCAAACUCACGGUCAACCUCGACUGUAUCAGGAUAGACUGUAACCUCAGUAAAGGUCCAGAGAUCCUGACGGCGGGUCAGAAACUCAACGAUAACGAGUGGCACUCGGUUAAAGUGACCCGGCGCGGGAGGAACCUGCAGCUGUCCGUGGAUAACGUUACUGUGGAAGGUCAGAUGACCGGUGAUCACACGCGUCUGGAGUUCCACAACAUCGAGACGGGCAUCAUGACGGAGCGCAGGUUCAUCUCCGUGGUGCCGUCUAACUUCAUCGGGCACCUGCAGGGCCUGACGCUGAACGGCGUGCCGUACCUGGACCAGUGUAAGAACGGAGACAUCUCGUACUGCGAGCUGAACGCCCGCUUCGGCAUGCGCCUCAUCAUCGCCGACCCCGUGACCUUCCGCAAUAAAGGCAGUUACCUGGCGCUGGCCACGCUGCAGGCGUACGCAUCCAUGCACCUGUUCUUCCAGUUCAAGACCACCAGCACCGACGGCCUGCUGCUCUUCAACAGCGGCGACGGCAGCGACUUCAUUGUGGUGGAGCUGGUCAAAGGGUACGUCCACUAUGUGUUUGACCUGGGGAACGGCCCGUCUCUCAUGAAGGGAAACUCGGAGAAGCCGCUCAAUGACAAUCAGUGGCACAACGUGGUGGUUUCACGCGACACCACCAACGUGCACACGCUCAAGAUCGACUCUCUCACCGUGACGCAGCACUCUAACGGAGCCAGGAACCUGGACCUCAAAGGAGAGCUGUAUAUCGGUGGAGUAGCCAAGAGCAUGUACAGCAGCCUGCCGAAGCUGAUCGCGUCCCGGGACGGAUACCAGGGCUGCCUGGCCUCCGUGGAUCUGAACGGCCGGCUGCCGGACCUGCUCGCAGACGCCCUCCACAGGGUCGGCCAGGUGGAUCGAGGAUGCGACGGACCCAGCACCACCUGUACGGAGGACUCGUGUCAUCAUCAGGGGGUGUGUCUGCAGCAGUGGGAGGGCUUCUCGUGCGACUGCAGCAUGACGUCCUACGGGGGCUCGCACUGCAGCGAUCCUGGGACUACCUACAUCUUCGGCCGUGGAGGAGCCCUCAUCACGUACACGUGGCCCCCGAACGACCGGCCGAGCACGCGGGCAGACCGGCUGGCUGUGGGCUUCAGCACUCAGCUGAAGGAGGCCAUUCUGGUGCGAGUGGAGAGCGCCAAGGGUCUCGGAGACUAUCUGGAGCUUCACAUAGAGCGCGGGAGGGUCGGCGUGAUCUUUAACGUGGGGACGGACGACAUCGUCAUCGAGGAGAGCGGCGUGAUGGUCAGCGACGGGAAGUAUCAUGUGGUCAGAUUCACACGGAGCGGCGGGAACGCCACGCUACAGGUGGACAAUCUGCCCGUGCUGGAGCGCUUCCCUUCAG